GGAGGAGGUAGGGUCAUGGCAACAACCGAGAGUAGUAGUUCGCAGUCGAGAGAGCUAAAUCAGACGCCCACAUGGGCUGUUGCUGGUGUUUGUGCUGUCAUCAUCAUCAUUUCCAUUGCCCUGGAGAAUUUCCUUCACAGACUUGGAACGUGGCUUACAGAAAGGCACAAGAAAUCUCUAUUUGAAGCUCUGGAGAAAGUUAAAGCGGAGCUGAUGGUUCUAGGUUUCAUCUCACUACUCCUUACCUUUGGGCAGAGUUACAUUGCUCGAAUCUGUCUUCCAGUAAAGGUAUUGAAAAAUAUGUUGCCAUGUCGAUAUACUGGUGAAGAUGACUCAAGUACAGAAAGUCAUCGCAGACUAUUAUGGUUUGACCGCAGAUUUUUAGCUGCUAGUAGCUACGCUUCUAAUUGCAAAACAGGUUAUGCACCGCUUAUAUCAGUCGAGGGAUUACACCAGUUGCACAUCCUCAUAUUUUUCUUAGCAUUCUUUCAUGUGCUGUAUAGUGCUAUCACAAUGAUGCUUGGCAGGCUAAAGAUUCGUGGCUGGAAGCAGUGGGAGCAGGAGACGUCAUCCCAUGAUUAUGCAUUUUUCAAUGAUCCUUCAAGAUUCAGGCUUACACAUGAGACAUCAUUUGUUAGAGCACACUCCAGUUUCUGGACCAGGAUUCCAUUUUUCUUUUAUGUUGGAUGCUUCUUCAGACAAUUUUUUAGGUCUGUUAGUCAUGCUGACUACUUAACAUUGCGCAAUGGAUUCAUCACUGUCCACUUCGCUCCUGGAAGUAAAUUUAACUUCCAGAAGUAUAUCAAAAGAUCAUUGGAGGAUGACUUCAAGGUAGUUGUUGGUGUAAGUCCUGUCUUGUGGGCAUCAUUCGUGGUUUUUUUGCUAUUAAAUGUUAAUGGAUGGCAGGCAUUGUUUUGGGCAUCUUUAAUCCCUGUGAUUAUAAUCUUAGCUGUUGGAACAAAACUUCAAGCCAUUUUGACGAAGAUGGCUCUUGAGAUUAUAGAAAGGCAUGCAGUGGUCCAAGGGAUUCCUCUUGUGCAAGGCUCAGACAAAUACUUUUGGUUUGGUCGGCCUCAAUUAGUUCUUAAUCUUAUCCACUUUGCGUUGUUUCAGAAUGCAUUCCAAAUAACAUAUUUCUUGUGGAUAUGGUACUCAUUUGGGCUGAAAUCUUGCUUCCAUUCCAAUUUCAAGCUUGCCAUUAUAAAAGUUUCUUUAGGGGUUGCUGUCCUAUGUCUUUGCAGUUACAUCAUACUUCCACUAUAUGCCCUUGUUACUCAGAUGGGCUCACGCAUGAAGAAAUCAAUUUUUGACGAACAAACAUCAAAAGCCCUUAAGAAGUGGCACAUGGAUGUGAAAAUGAAAAAGGUUGGGCGAGGAGGAAAGUCCCCCACUGUAACUCUAGGUGGGAGCCCUACCUUAUCAAUGGUGCGCACCUCUGGACAAUCAUUGCACCGCUUCAAAACGACUGGUCACUCAACCCGCUUGCUUAUGUACGAGGACCAUGAGAGCUCUGAUUUUGAAACUGAUCCUUUGUCUCCCACCUCAUCCACUACCAACUUGAUUAUAGGGGUAGAUCCUGAUGAGCUACAAUCUGAACUAGAUGAACCCCACCAUGGAGAGGAAACCAAAAACGAAGAUGACUUCUCAUUUGUCAAACCUGAGCCACAAAAGGAACCUUGA